AUGUCGAGUCAAUCUGAUGAAUAUUAUAUUGAAGCUGUUUCCAACGCUUCUAUGGAUCUUUUCCCUGAAAAUACUCUGACUAAAUUUACUAAUCGAUUGCAUCAUCCAAUCAAUCUAAUAGGAGAAUGGGUUGUAGCUAUCCAUGAGAUAUUUUAUCCCGUUGAUUUAGUGAUUGAUAGAAAAGAAAUUUAUCUCACUUUAGAAUUUCCUGAUGGACAAAGAAAAAUCAAAUUCGAAAUAAAUGAAAUUGAUGGUUUAGAAGGUGUGAUUCAUAACAUCAACACAAGAUUAAAAGAAAUUUAUGAUGAAGUGAUUUCCGUUAUUCCAGCAAAAAUUGCUAAAAGAGAAAGUGAUAAAUUUGAUCCAACAGACGAUACAAAAAUGGAUACAUUAAAACUUCUCGCUAUUACAGAUGAAGAAAUGGAAGCGAUGGGAUCAAAUGUCUAUCGAAGAAAAAUUCAAAGUUUAAUUGGUCGAAUCGCAGCGGAAAUUGAGAAAGAAGAGGAGGUUAAGAAACAAAAAAUUCUCGAAAUGAAUCAUAAGAAAACUAUUCAACAAUUAAAACAACGUAUCGAAAUCGAAGAGCAACUUGAAGAAAAAAAGAUUGAGGAGAUCAUAACAAAACCUGUUGAAGAGUUGAAAAAAGUUAAUGAAAAGUUAGAUGAGAUUAUAUCAAAACCAGAUGAAGAGUUGAAAAAAUUAAAUGAAAAAUUAGAUGUUAUUGCGUCAAAGCCCGAAGAAGAUUUGAAAAAGGCUCAUGCUAAAUUGGAUAUUUUAUUAGCAUCAUCAGGUUCCAAUCCUAAAGUGGUUGAUUUACAAUAUGAAAUAGUUCGAACAUUGAGCGAUAUUAUUCGAGCGAAAAAUGAAUCAUUUAAUACAACUCAAUCAUUUGCAUUUGCAUUACAAAGACAAUUAAUGGACUCUGAAAGAGCUUUGGUAAAUAGCAAGAUCAUAAUUGAAUCGAAAGAGAAACAACUAACCGCUGAAAGAGAAAUGAAAAAACUUCAACAAGAUGAAGCAGAUCGACGUCUCGCGGAUUAUGAAAAAGUGAUUGCUGAAAAAAAUAAAAGAAUUGAAGAACUUGAAAAAGAAAAGACUGAAUUAAUAGCUCAAAGAGACUCGGCAAACGGUCAAAUUUUAACCGCUUUGAAUGAGAUUUCGAAAUUACAAGCGGAAAUAAAAGAAAUAAAAUCAAUUACCAAAACAAUGAAUGAUGCUCUUCAAACAGAGAUCACAACAAAUCGUGAACAGGAUAAAAAAGUUCAAGCAGAAUUAGAUGAAAUAAAAACCUCGAUCGAAAAUAUUGAAAAAAAUAUUGAGAAAUUGACUGUUAAACGGAAAAAAGUUGCGAAAAUUAUUGAUAAUUCAAUUGAUAUAAAUGAACCACCAGAAAUUGUAUUGAAAGAUGACCUGAUCACUAUCAAACGAGGCAUGUACGAAGAUCGAAAGUUUAUUCCAAAGUUCGAUGAUCCUUUAAUGUUAGAAACAUUUGGGUUUAGUUAUGAUCCCUCACCAGUGUUACAUACACAGAAAAAAAUCACUGCAAGAAAAACUGUUGAUUUAAAUUAUGGAUCUCAUUUAAUUUAUGUUUAUUCCGAUAUUGUUGCUGAACAUUUUGUUGGUCAACAAUCUGUACGAGUCCUCCGAGUUGUUCCUCUCAAAAGAGGGAAAAGUCAUGAUAUUGUUCAUGAAAGAUUUGUUAAGCCACUUUAUUUCCCAGUAAGAACAAAUAGAAUCGAAGAAAUAAAUUUCAUUCUUGGUGAUGAAACUGGAAGUUUAGUUAGAUUUGCUUCCGGUAGAGUUCAUAUUGGUCUACACUUGAAACGUAUUAUAUAA